GCCACUCGGGUUCCAGCUCACAGCGCCCCGACACCGUCCUGCAGCCCAUGGGCUGGCUGGGAGCGCUGGCGCUGCUGAGCGCCGUGGUGCUGUGCCGCUGCCUGCGCCGUCCCGCCGUCCCCACGCACCACCAUCCCCACGUGCGCUGCUACAGCAGCGGAGAGCUGCGGGACGGAGAGGCCCCCGCACACCUCCUGGGCCGCAGCCUGCGCUGGGAGCAGCACGUGCCCGUGCAGCUGGUGCCGCAGAUCGAGGCUGCCCAACGGCGGCGGAGGCGCAGAGAGCACUCCUGUCCGGCGCUGCAGCUCCGUGCGGGGCUGCGCAGUGAGCCUCACGAGAGAUCCAUCUCACCGUGGCGGUACCGCAUCGACGAGGACGAGGACCGCUACCCACGCAAGCUGGCCUUCGCCGAGUGCCUGUGCACCGGCUGCGUGGAUGUGAAGACAGGGAGGGAGACCACGGCGCUCAACUCGGUGCCCAUCCAUCAGACCAUGAUGGUGCUGCGCCGCAAGCCCUGCCCGCGCCCCUCCAGCCCCGGCCUCAUCACCUUCGACGUGGAUUACAUCCGUGUGCCCGUGGGCUGCACCUGCGUCCUGCCCCGCACCGGGCGCUGACCCCGCUCCCUUGGAGCACCCCCAAACCCCGUGACCGUGUCACCCUCCUCGUGCUUGUUUUAGAGCACUCCUUCCAACCCCCCCCCCCCCCUCCCCACCUCCUUUCCUCGACCCCAUCACCAGUUAUUUAUGAGUUAUUUAUGAUGCCCACUGGGGGAUUUAUUUUUGUAACCCCGUAUUUAUUGCUGACCCCCUCCCCACCCCCCCUCCCCCAUAAGGCAGCAGCCUCAGCCCACACCCGGAGCCCUCCCCGGUUAUUUAUUCCCCCUCAGUGCUAUUUAUUGAGACCUCCGUGUGCUAUUUAACGCCGGCAGUGCGCAGCCUGAAAAUAAAAGCCUGACCCC